UUUCGAUGUCUUUAACUGAAGACAAUGUGAAGAGAAGUUAAAUACAAUGAAGAUUCAAAGAGAACGCUGUUACAUACCAGAAGAAGCCUCAUGCAAUCAGAUUAAACACUAAAUCUGACAAUGAAGUAUAAGCAUUUCCUUUGCAAAUGAUGUUUUGCCCUUGAUUUCAAUGAGAUACCAUUAACUAAAAUGUUCCUCUGAAGGGCAAUAACACUGCAUAAUUUGGCCUUUGGCUCCAAAACUACAGGGCUCUCACUAAAAUAGAAAUUUCUUCCAGGAAAAAAUUAUCACACCAUCCAAAAAUCUAGCUUGUGUUUAAAUUCCCAAAACCAUGUUUCCUUUCAAGGGCAAUUUUAUCUCCUAAAAUAGAGCAAUACACAAUACACAAAUGAAACCAGUCCAAUUUUUGAAACUUCUAAUAAAAAGCUGAUCACUGAUUUUCUGUUGUUGACUAUAAGUGAAGCAAUGGGUUUUUCCUGUGGAUAUGGAACGGUGCUUUUGGUGGUGCAAAUGCAACCAUUUUUCUGUGACAGGACCAGUGAGUCUGACCACAUCUGCACUCAUCUAUACCUACUGAUUUAAUAGUUUUGACUGUGAGCUCCAUGAAUACAAGAAAUACAUGUCUUCAUCUUUGGAUCCCUAGCAUCCAGGCACAGCUGAUAAACAAAAGGUAUUUAAAAAUUACUUGCUGAAUGAAGUAGUGAUGGAUAAAUGAAUAUUUUAAUAUCUCUCUACUGCAUUUCCUUUAUUCUCUUCAUCUUCCAGCUGCCAACACAAUUUGUAUCUUCAAAUUGGCUAUGGAAAAUGGAACCACAAUGAGUGGGUUCCUCCUCAUGGGAUUUUCUGAUAAUCAUGAGCUGCAGAUCUUACAUGCAUUGCUUUUCUUGAUGAUGUACCUAUUAGCCUUGGCAGGUAACCUUAUCAUUAUCGCUAUCACAACGCUGGACCAACAUCUCCAAUCCCCCAUGUAUUACUUUUUGAAACACCUUUCCCUUCUGGACAUCACCUUCAUUUCUGUCACGGUCCCUCAGUCCAUUGACAAUUCUCUGAUGGACAAUGGCUAUAUUUCCCACAGUCAGUGCAUACUUCAGGUUUUCUUUUUCACAUCUUUGGCCUGGGCUGAGGUGGCCAUUCUCACAGUGAUGUCUUAUGACCGCUAUGUGGCCAUUUGCCUCCCACUGCACUAUGAGGUCACCAUGGGUCCAGGAACCUGUAAGUGGGCUGUGAUGGCUGUUUGGCUAAGUGGAAGCAUCUCUGGAGUCUUGUACACAACUGCCACAUUUUCUAUCACAUUCUGUAGGGCCAAAAUCAUCCACCAGUUCUUCUGUGAUGUCCCUCAGUUGCUGAAGCUCUCCUGCUCCAAUGAUUAUGUUGGAGUGGUUGGAGUGGCUUCUUUCAUGUCUGUGAUGGCAUUCAUCUGUUUCCUUUCCAUUGUCCUCUCCUAUGUCCACAUCUUUUCCACAGUUCUAAAAAUACCCUCUGCUGAGGGCCGCUCCAAAGCCUUCUCCACCUGCAUGCCUCAUCUCUUUGUUGUGUCAUUUUUUCUCUCCACAGGCAUUUUUGAGUUUCUAAAACCAACUUCAGAUUCUCCAAGUGCUUUUGACCUUAUGAUAUCUAUCUUUUAUACAGUAGUGCCUCCAACACUCAACCCUGUUAUUUACAGCUUGAGGAAUGAGGCCAUGCAGAGAGCUGUAAGAAAGUUACUGUUGGGUGGAGAAUUCAUAAGGAAAAAAACGUUUUUGCCCUGUUGCUGA